AUGGGCAGGCAGGGGAAGGGGCGGAGCCGGGGCGGGGCUGAGGGGGAUCUUCUCCGAGGCCACCAGGAAACUCAGCCCCGCUGGGAGAAGGGUCCGGGCGGGAGGAAGGGUCGCCGCCUGAGCGAGGGCCCUGUUCCAGGUAAAAGACGCGCCUCCUGCUCUUGGGGCCAGCGGAGCCUAGAUCCUGGAGGCUGGACCUCUGUCUGGGUCCCGGAGGAGCCGCCCAGUCCUGCCAAGGCCAUGGUGGCCUGGCCCGUGCUGAUUCACAGCUCGCCACCCUCCCUGGGCCAGGCGAACAACUCGGUAGCCGCCCAGCUGGAUUUCACCGGGCAGCCGAAGCAGGUGCGCAACUUGCUGCUGUAUAAGCACAACUUACCCCUGCUGCAGUAGGUGUCCGCCAGCAAGUGCACGCAGCCGGUCUUCCUGCUGCUGGUGAUCAAAUCAUCGCCCGCCAACUAUGAGCGGCGAGAGAUGGUGCGGCGCACGUGGGGCCGCGAGCGCGAGGUGCAGGGCGCCCGGGUGCGGCGCCUCUUCCUGGUGGGGACGGCUCCCCGCGAGCUGGAGGCCCGCAAGGUGAACCGGCUGCUGGCGCUGGAGGCGCGUGCGCACGGCGACAUCCUGCAAUGGGACUUCCACGACACCUUCUUCAACCUCACACUAAAGCAGGCAUUGUUCCUCCAGUGGCAGGAGACACAUUGCAACAAUGCCAGCUUCCUCCUCAACGGGGAUGAUGACGUCUUCACGCACACUGACAACAUGGUUGCCUACCUGCAAGGCCAUGAGCCCAGCCGCCACCUCUUCGUGGGGCACCUGAUUGAGAAUGUGGGCCCCAUCCGCGUCCCCUGGAGCAAGUACUACAUACCCAAGAUGGUCACACAGAACGAGCGCUACCCGCCCUACUGUGGAGGGGGCGGCUUCCUGCUCUCCUCCUUCACGGCCGCGGCCCUGCGUCGCGCGGCCAGCGCCCUGGACCUCUUCCCGAUUGACGAUGUCUUCCUGGGCAUGUGCCUGGAGCACGAGGGCCUGAAGCCCACCCGGCACAGCGGCAUCCGUACGGGGGGCUUACAGUCGCCCUCACCGCGCCUGCCCUCCUUUGACCCCUGCUUCUACAAGGAGCUGCUACUGGUGCAUCGCUUCCUGCCCUAUGAGAUGCUGCUCAUGUGGGAUGCACUGAGCCAGCCUGACCUCGCCUGUGGCAAGAGGACACAGCUCUUUUGA